AUGCACAAUUUCCUUGCCCAAUCGCACGGAACCAUCUUCGACAUGGCAAUGCAAUACGCCGAAUCAGUGGGCAUUCAACGUGAUCAAGUAUCGUAUCUCGUAUUCGCGCUCGCCGCAUUCUAUUUGGUUUUCGGUGGUGCCGCCGCGAUCCGCACGAAGGACACUGACGACGACACGGUGUGGCUGAUCUACUGGACGUGCUUCGCCGUGCUCUACCUCGUUGACUUUUUCUCGGAGGCGAUUCUCUCGUUUUUCCCGUUAUAUUACAUUCUGAAGGCGUGCUUCCUGGUGUAUUUGUAUCUGCCACAGACGCAAGGGUCCGUCAUGUUCUACGAGACGAUUGUCGAUCCGUUGGUCGUCUUCUUGGACACCAACAUUGAUAAGUACUAUUAUAAGAAGAACCAAUGA